UUGCGUUUCGACCGCGUGACGAGACGGUCGUGAAUACUUUUGAAUAACUAUGAAUAAAUUGAGCAUUUGAGUGUCCUCAAAUAACAAAAAAAAAAAAAAAAAACAUAAUCAAGAAAUCAAAAAACAAAAACAGAUUAAAUAAUUCAUGUGCAAAUUGUGAAUUUAAUGCAAAAGUUUGUUAAGUUUGACAAAUUGCUUCAGAUUUCACUGAAAAUAACCCAUUUAGCAAAUAGUUAAAGAGAAAGCGAAAGAGAAACAUAAAGAGAGAGAGAGAGGCAAAAAGAGAGAAGACAGUCCCACAAUGUGCGGAUUUGUAUGCCUUAUCAUUUUAUUGGCAUUCACAUGCAACUUGCCCCUAAUCCAGGGCUGCAAUCGCGUGCCUCUGGGCGCCACUGCCGCCAAGUCGCCAGUGGAUGAUAAUUUUGCUCUUAACGUGGCUAACAAUGCACAGAGCUAUGUGCCUGGCCAGAAAUACAAUGUUUCAUUGAACGCGUAUUCGGGAUUGUCUUUUGUGAGCUUUAUGCUGGCAUUGGAAAUGGAGAGUGAGGAUGCUGAUGACGAUUCCAAUGCGAUGGGUGCCUUUGAGAUCAGCGAUUUGUCGGAGACUCGCUUCAGUCCGCGUUGUCCCAACCUCGUGGAGAACACAAAUACGAACCUGAAGACGCAUGUGGAUGUUGUCUGGGUAGCACCUUCGACGCCUGGCCAGGGUUGCAUUCUGUUGCGUGCCACAGUGUUGCAGCAUCGCGAUGUUUGGUUCAUGGAUGAUGGUUUACUUACAAAACGCCUGUGCGAGGAGGAGGUGGAUGAUAUCAACACCCAGCCCAGCAUUGUGGAUCCCUGCUGUGCCUGCGAUGAAGCCAAAUAUGAGCUCACUUUUGAGGGUAAAUGGUCACGUCACACGCAUCCCAAGGACUUUCCUGCCAACAGUUGGCGCACCAGAUUCAGUGACAUUAUCGGUGCCUCCCACACCAUUGACUAUCGCUUUUGGCAAUAUGGUGAAUUGGCCAGCGAGGGAUUGCGUGAGGUGGCUGAACAUGGAUCCACACGCACCCUGGAGAGUGAGUUGAAGGAUCAGAGUGAGCACAUCAGGACCAUUAUCAAGGCCCGUGGAAUUGCUUUUCCCAAUGUGACUGGCAAGACGUUUGCGGUGUUUCGCGUGGACUCCAACCAUCAUCUUAUUUCAUUGGUAUCUAUGGUGGAUCCAUCGCCCGAUUGGAUUGUUGGUGUGUCCGGACUGGAGCUUUGUUUGCCCAACUGCUCUUGGGUGGAGAGCAAAGUGCAUAAUCUAUAUCCAUGGGAUGCUGGCACCGAUAGUGGUCCAUCCUAUAUGUCCGCAGAUCAGCCCCAAGUUCCACCUGACGUUGUGCGUCGUAUUAAGUCAAAUUUUCCGAAUGAUCCACGUUCGCCCUUCUACGAUCCAAAUGGAGCAGAAAUGAAACCGCUGGCCACAUUGCACAUCAACCGACGUCGUCUUUACGAGAAGAACUGCGAAACAGCCGAUGCGGAGGAACUGCCUCCGGAGUGCGCUACGCUCGCCUGGAGUCGUUGGGAUGAAUGUAGUGCCAAGUGUGGACCUGGCAAGCAGUACAGAACACGGGAGUUCAAGAAUCCCACGCUAGCAAUGCGGCAGAGAUGCAACAAUGCAUUGCGUGAGGAGAAGCAUUGCAUGGGUCGCAAGUGUGCCACGUUUAACGAGGAGAUGCCGGAAGGAGGUCAGCCGGAGGCGGAGUUUCCGGGUGCUGAUCCCGAAUGCGGUCUUUCCGACUGGACCGAGUGGUCCUCGUGUACGGUGACGUGUGGCUCUGGUGAAAUGAUACGCACCCGUCAUUAUCUAAAUCGGCGGGCAAAGAAGAAGUGUCAGAAGGCGAGUAAGGCGCGUCUUCAGGAGACGAAGCCCUGCGAGGCCAGUGAUUGUGGCGGCGAGAUUGGCAACGAGGAAGGAGGCGAGGGUGAGCCUGAAGAUGGACAGCCCGAGGAUGGUGAUGAGCAGUCUCGUUCCGCGGAGAGACGUUCGCUGUUUCGCAACUUUCAGAGCUACAGUCAACACAGCGAGGAUUACAUUCCACCAGUCUGUGGCGUCUCUCCUUGGUCGGACUUCUCGCCGUGCUUGGGACCCUGUGGCGGUACCGGGAAACGACAGCGCAUGCGCAAGGUGUGGAACAACAAUGAGGUCUACGGCGUACGCGAUCCCAAUGACGAUGGCAGUGAUCCGUGUGGACAUAUUAAGCUGUACGAGGAGGUCAACUGUACGAAUCCCAGUUGCGACACCAUUGUGCCCCACUAUUGCUAUGAAACCCUACGCGAUAGUCACUGUCGCGACAGCGAUGUGGUUAACCACUGGUACUACGAUCAUGUGAGUGAUCAGUGCGGCAUUUACUGGUCAGAUCGCUGUGACACCAACCAGAACAAGUUCAAGUCCAAGGAGGAAUGCGAGGAGACCUGUCGACUGCCCCGACACAAGCAGGAGCUGCAGAACGAGCGACUCAGCUCGGAGCAGCCGCAACGUGUGGACUGCCUCGUCUCCGAAUGGAUUUCCCACAGCUGCAAUGCCACCUGUGGCGAUGGCGUCCAGUUAAGGACGCGUCGUGUCCUCCGCACACCCAAAUACGGUGGCAAGCCGUGUCCCAAGCACUUGGUUCGACUCGAUCGUUGCUACCAACGCUGCGAUGACAUGUACUCGGUGAGCGGCUCGUACGGCGAGCGACGUCAUGUGCCGGCCAAGCUGCAGCCUCCGGAGACCCGCGAUGAAUGCCGUUACUCCGAGUGGUCCGCGUGGACUCCCUGCACCGCCAGCUGUGGCGAUAACUCGGUGCGUCAACGGACUCGCACCCUGCUCAACACGGACCUCAGCUAUAAGUGCAAGGAUCGAGUGCGCAUGGAAAAGUGCGUCAUGAUGCCUUGUCUUCUAAAUAGCAAUGAUGAUACCGACAAAUGGUGACCAGAGGUGCACUUAGAAUUGAUAAGCACUUUAAGCAUCAAGUAUUAGCUGCUCCUUGUUUGCAUGUGUGGGAUCAACCUACCCAACUAUCUAAUCGAAUCGUUUUAAUAAACAAUAAAGCUAUAUUCCUAUUUGA